CGGCUUGUUUUCCGCGCCCGGGCACUCGCGGCGUUCGCAAAGGCGGCCACGGGGCUUGGAACUUGCGAUGGGGCUUCCCGAGGAGCGGGGCCGGAGCGGCAGCGGGAGCCGCAGCGAGAGCGGGAGCCGGGAGGAAGCGGGAGCCGGGGAUCGGGUGCGGAGCUGGUCUCCGCCGCCCGAGGUCAGACGCUCCGCACACGUCCCCUCGCUGCAGCGCUACCGCGAGCUGCACCGGAGCUCCGUGGAGGAGCCGCGGGAGUUUUGGGGAGACAUUGCCAAGGAAUUUUAUUGGAAGACCCCAUGCCCUGGCCCAUUUCUCCAGUACAACUUUGAUGUGACCAAAGGGAAAAUCUUCAUUGAGUGGAUGAAAGGAGCAACUACCAACAUCUGCUACAAUGUAUUGGAUCGAAAUAUCUAUGAGAAAAAACUUGGAGAUAAAGUUGCUUUUUACUGGGAGGGCAAUGAGCCAGGGGAGACCACCCAGAUCACAUAUCACGAGCUUCUCGUCCAAGUAUGUCGGUUCAGCAAUGUUCUCCGCAAACAGGGCAUUCGAAAGGGUGAUCGGGUGUCCAUCUACAUGCCCAUGAUCUUGGAGCUUGUGGUGGCCAUGCUGGCAUGUGCCCGCCUUGGGGCUUUGCACUCCAUUGUGUUUGCAGGCUUCUCUGCAGAGUCUCUGUGUGAACGGAUCCUGGAUUCCAGUUGCAGCCUUCUUAUCACUACAGAUGCCUUCUACAGGGGGGAAAAGCUUGUGAACCUGAAGGAACUGGCUGACGAGGCCCUGGAGAAGUGUCGGGAGAAGGGUUUCCCAGUGAAAUGCUGCAUUGUGGUCAAGCACCUGGGGCGGGCAGAACUGGGCAUGGGUGCCUCUCCCAGCCAAUCUCCCCCAAUUAAGAGGCCGUGCCCGGAUGUCCAGAUCUCUUGGAACCAAGGGAUUGACUUGUGGUGGCAUGAACUCAUGCAAGAGGCAGGGGAUGAGUUUGAGCCUGAGUGGUGUGAUGCCGAGGACCCACUCUUCAUCCUGUACACUAGUGGCUCCACAGGCAAACCCAAGGGUGUGGUACACACAGUUGGGGGCUACAUGCUCUAUGUGGCCACAACCUUCAAGUAUGUGUUUGACUUCCACGCAGAAGAUGUGUUCUGGUGCACAGCAGACAUUGGCUGGAUCACUGGCCAUUCCUAUGUCACCUACGGGCCACUGGCCAAUGGUGCCACCAGUGUUUUGUUUGAGGGGAUCCCCACAUACCCGGAUGUGAGCCGCCUGUGGAACAUUGUGGACAAAUACAAGGUGACCAAGUUCUACACGGCACCCACGGCCAUCCGUCUGCUCAUGAAGUACGGAGACGAGCCUGUCACCAAGCACAGCCGGGCAUCCUUGCAGGUGCUAGGCACUGUGGGUGAGCCCAUCAACCCUGAGGCCUGGCUGUGGUACCAUCGGGUGGUAGGUGCCCAGCGCUGCCCCAUCGUGGACACCUUUUGGCAAACAGAGACGGGUGGCCACAUGCUGACUCCCCUCCCAGGUGCCACACCCAUGAAGCCUGGUUCUGCUUCCUUCCCAUUCUUUGGCGUGGCUCCUGCAAUCCUGAAUGAGUCUGGGGAAGAGUUGGAAGGUGAAGCCGAAGGCUAUCUGGUAUUCAAGCAGCCCUGGCCAGGGAUCAUGCGCACAGUCUAUGGGAACCACGCACGCUUUGAGACCACCUACUUUAAGAAGUUUCCCGGGUACUACGUGACAGGAGAUGGCUGCCGGCGGGACCAGGAUGGCUAUUACUGGAUCACUGGCAGGAUUGAUGACAUGCUCAACGUAUCUGGACACCUGCUAAGUACAGCGGAAGUGGAGUCAGCACUUGUGGAACAUGAGGCUGUUGCAGAGGCGGCCGUGGUGGGCCACCCUCAUCCUGUGAAGGGCGAAUGCCUCUACUGCUUUGUCACCCUCUGUGAUGGCCACACCUUCAACUCUACCCUCACGGAAGAACUCAAGAAACAGAUUAGAGAAAAGAUUGGCCCUAUUGCCACACCAGACUACAUUCAGAAUGCACCUGGCUUGCCUAAAACCCGCUCAGGGAAAAUCAUGAGACGAGUGCUUCGGAAGAUUGCUCAGAAUGACCGUGACCUGGGGGAUACAUCUACUGUGGCUGACCCGUCUGUCAUCAGUCACCUCUUCACCCACCGCUGCCUGACCAUCCAGUGAACAAGACUCU